AUGUAUAAACAAUAUUUAUUCGUCUGUCUCUUGCUAGCAUUAGCUAUUUGUGAAGGAGGAUACCAGAAUGUCAAAAUUAAGGAAUUUAUGAGUCAGAAUAAUGAAAUUUUCACACAUAUCAAUGAAAUCCUAGAUGCUGAAGCAGGCCCAGAAUAUUUCCUUUGGAAAAUAGAAAGCGUUUAAUAGCAAAUAGUUUCAGGAAUCAACUAUAAAAUGGUCGUUGACUAUUAAAAAAAAGAAGACCCCAACCAAUAUGUUCAAUACGAGAUCAUACUUUAUGAUUAGUAAGACUUUCAUAGUAAUUUUAUUUAAGACCAUGGACUAACACUCGCAAGGUGACUAGUUUGGAAUCAAAAAACCUUAGAGUCGAUAACAAAAAAUCAAAUAAUUUCAAAUAUCAUGGUUGGGUCGACCUAGAUGCCUAAUAAUUCAAUACAAAAUACCCUCAAAUUUAAGCAUUAUUGCUCUCAAAAUUAAUACCCAAGUUUGACUUAGAGGACAGUACUUCCAUAAUGGAAAUAUAAUCAGUCAAAGAAUAGUUUAUUGCUGGCAAAACCUAUUUAAUAUUUGUUCAAUUAUCAGAUGGUAAAAAGUAUAAAGGAACAUUGUAUGAAAAGUAAUAUGUUUGAUUUCUAAUAUAGUCCAUGGUCAAAGAAAAUGGAAGUGGUAACAGUGGAACUAGAGGACGAGGAGUGA